GCACUGAGUUCAUCAUUCAAGCCAUAGAUUACUCCUCCUUUGUUCUACUACAAUGGCCUCUUUCAAGUCCUCCUCCUUGGCUUUCUUUCUAGUUUCUCUAAUGUUCUCAAGCAUGGAUCUUGGGUUAGCAGCUGGUCGUCAUCUAUUGCAGCUACCAACAUUGCCAGUUGUUGGUACAUUGCCAAAUCUACCAGUACCCAUACCAUUGCCAAGCUUACCAACACUACCACAAGUCACAUUGCCUCCCGUACUUCCUACCAUCCCAACUAUCCCAAAACUCACAGUCCCAACCAUUGAAGCAACUGUCUCAACCAUUCCAACAACUAUCCCCACAGCCACAUUGCCUCCACUUCCUACCAUCCCUACUAUCCCAACUGUCACAGUGCCAGCCGUUCCAACAACUAUCCCCACAAUCCCAACCAUUCCAGUAAAACCCAGUCCCUGAUUUUCAUUAAGUUUGUGCCAACCAUGGGAGUCAGUGAAGGGGGCUUGGGUGAAGCUCAUUAGUUAAUUAAAUUAAUCUAUGUGUGUGGAGUUGUUUGGAGUAUGUUGAAUUUCUUGUUUCUGUUUAGGUUCCCUGUAUUGGACUAUUAAUUGUUGUUGUUGUGUUUGUAUGAAUAUGAUUGAUUGUGAAUUGUGAUUUUGAAAUAGCUGACCUGUUCAGUUGGGUGAAUUCCUUAUA